UAAUGCAUCACUUAAACAUAAAAGGAUAGGCGUUUGCUCAAUCAGAUGGCGAAGCAACCUCUGUCUGUCGUCGUCGUCGUCGAUGACAUCCGUCUUCAUCAGAGCCGAUGCGGCUCCCAUCGGAAUCUCUCCCCUUUCUCAUUACGAUGGGAUUCCGGUUCAGGAUAUAUUUGAUACAUGUGAUUUUAUAAAGGCUUGCAACAUGUUAUAGAAGAGCUUCAAAGAGAGAAUGUUGUGGUAUACCGCAAAAGUAUGAAAACGUCCUCUGCUGGGUUAGUUGACUAAAUGGCUUCUUUGACCAUCUUUAAUUCUAAUUCUUAUGAUUUCUCUUGGAUCCAGCUUGUUAGUACAUAAACUUUUUUAUAGAGAUCUCAACCUCAGGUUUUAUGGGCAACACGUUUCAAAACUCUGCGUCUAAGUUCCAAGGUUUUAAAGUCAUGGCUGAUUCAGGUAUAAACUCUAAGACUUUUUACCCUUGUACACACUGUUGGUUCUUGUUUUAUAUUUAUUCACAUGAUUACUUAGUGUAGUAGAAAUACCUUAGCAUGCUUUUGAAACAUCCUACAGAAUAUCGAAGCAAUCUGGUAUAUUCAUACGUUCAAGUUGCUAAACGUUUUUUCUUAAUAAUUGUUGGAAGGCAUAUUGGAUCGAGCAAAGCAUUUUCUCUUACAUCAAAUAUAAAUAUAAAACGACAGCAUUUCUCCAUGAUCUAGUUUAAUAAUAUUUAAUUAAUUUUUAAAGAAGGCCCUUCAGAUUGUUGACUUUUGAUCUCCAUCAGCUACUAGUCUUCCAUCGGGAUUCUGCCAAAAAACUGAAAUUUCAGAGCGGUGCAGCUCAGAGAGAAAUCUACAAAUCCUGUGAGUAAAAAUAGAAAGGUUCACUGAUAUGUUUUUAGUUAGACUGUGUACGGUUUAAGUGCCAUCUUCAGGUCUCUCUCUGUAAGUGACACCUAGAGAAGGAGCGGCGACAGGUGAAAUGGUUCAGGAUGCGUUGAGAACCUCCGGAAGUGGUGGAGGACUUCCGACAACGGCUGUAUGGAAUGGCGGAGGGAGAGGCCGUGGUUUCUUGCGCGGUUGGCAGGUCCAGAAUACCUCAAUCAACAUCAAAAUCAUGAUUCUCUGCGGCUUCGUGACCAUCCUCGUCUUACUUGGCACAGUCAGUUUUGGUAACCUUGGAAGCUCCAACGCUGACGCUGUUAAUCAAAAUCUCAUCAAGGAAACCGAGCCGAUUCUUGCCGAGAGCCCAUCUGCUUCGGUUCCGACCGACCUGGAGGAACUGCCUAAACCUGAGGCUAAUCCUCCAACUGACUUAGAGGAACCGCCAAUAGCUGAGGUUAAUCCUCCAACUGCAUUGGAGGAACCUCCUAAACCUGAGGUUAAUCCUCCAACUGCCUUGGAGGAGCCGUCUAAACCUGAGGCUAAUCCUCCACCUGAGUUGGAGGAGCCGCCGAAAGCUGAGGUUAAUCCCAACGUGACGUACACUCUAGGCCCUAGGAUCACCAACUGGGACAGUCAACGCAAGGUAUGGCUAAAUCAGAACCCUGGGUUUCCUAGUAUAGUCAACGGCAAAGCUAGAAUCUUGCUUCUAACCGGGUCUCCUCCAGGACCCUGUGAUAAACCCAUUGGAGACUAUUAUCUAUUGAAAACAGUGAAGAACAAGAUUGAUUACUGUAGGAUUCACGGGAUAGAGAUUGUGUACAACAUGGCACAUCUGGAUGAGGAACUCUCAGGGUACUGGACUAAGUUGCCUAUGAUUAGGAGAUUAAUGCUGUCUCAUCCAGAAGUAGAAUGGAUUUGGUGGAUGGAUAGUGAUGCUUUGUUCACUGAUAUACUAUUUGAGAUCCCCAUGUCUCGGUACGAGAAGCAUAACCUGGUGAUACACGGGUAUCCAGACUUGUUGUUCAACCAAAAGUCAUGGGUUGCAUUGAACACAGGUGUUUUUCUGUUGAGGAAUUGUCAGUGGUCAUUGGAUUUGUUAGAUGCUUGGGCUCCAAUGGGACCAAAAGGGCCAAUCCGCGACGAAGCUGGGAAGGUACUGACAGCUUAUCUGAAAGGUCGGCCUGCUUUUGAGGCGGAUGAUCAAUCAGCGUUGAUAUAUCUCCUGCUUUCACAGAAGGAGAAGUGGAUGGAGAAGGUUUACGUUGAGAACCAAUACUAUUUGCACGGGUUUUGGGAGGGUUUGGUUGAUAAGUAUGAAGAGAUGAUAGAGAAGUAUCAUCCGGGAUUGGGUGAUGAGAGAUGGCCUUUUGUGACGCAUUUCGUGGGUUGCAAACCGUGUGGCAGCUACGCUGAUUACGCAGAGGAGAGGUGCUUCAAAGGCAUGGAGAGGGCUUUUAAUUUCGCAGAUAACCAAGUGCUGAAGCUGUAUGGAUUUAGCCACAUGGGACUGUUGAGCCCUAAGGUUAAGAGGAUCAGAAACGAGACAGUUUCUCCUUUGGAGUUUGUAGACAAGUUUGAUAUCCGGAGAACGCAUGAAGAAACCAAGCCAUGAAGUGAAUCAUACACAGCUUGACCAAACUUGAGUUAAUGUUAUAUAGGUAACAAAGAACACUCACAAAUUAAAUGCAAAUUGUUUUUGUUGCAUGUACUUGUUUCUUGUGCUUUAUUGCAUGUUGUUUUCAGCUCUGCUAAUUCCUUUUUCCAUAGAUAUUUUUGUCUUUUUCAGUCAAUAUAUGGAGAAAUUUGAUACUGCAA